AUGUCGGAUAUCAUUGAUGUUGAAGCUUUAGUAGAGGCGCCUUAUCAAAAAAAUACACAGUAUAAGGAACGGCAGGGAAGAAAUGAUGAAAAAAACAGAGACCAAGACCAGAAACGAAAAGAGGAUAAAGAGUCAUAUAGGAGACGGUCAUCGUCUCGACAUUCAUCUCGUUCGAGAAGCCGUCGUAAUAAAUCGAGUAGUAGAGAACGUUCCCGAAGAUAUUCUAGAAGAGAUGAUCAUGAAGAAUACAAAGACCGGCAUGGGUAUAAAGAUGAUCGCCAUAGGGAUGUAAAUAGGCGGAGACGCUCUCAUGAUGAUGAGCGUGAUGAAUAUGAUUCUAAAAAGCAUCGAAGGAGUCGUUCUCCAGUAACACGAGAAAGCAGACCACCAGUUAGGAUGGUUAGAGAGGAGUCACCAAAAUUAACUGAGGAUGAGAGAGAUCGAAGAACGGUUUUUGUGCAACAAUUGGCUGCUCGUUUACGUACACGUGAAUUGAUUGCUUUUUUUGAAAAAGUAGGGCCUGUUAGGGAUGCACAAGUUGUAAAAGAUCGUGUAAGUGGUCGUUCCAAGGGUGUUGGUUAUGUAGAAUUCCGUGAUGAGGAAUCUGUCCAUAAAGCAAUUAAUAUGACAGGGCAAAGGCUUUUGGGUAUUCCUAUCAUCGUUCAACUUACUGAAGCAGAAAAAAAUCGUCAAGCAAAAGCAGAAGCUAUGCUAAGCUCAGGAGGACGUCAAAGUGAUGCACCAUUUCAUCGUCUUUAUGUUGGAAAUAUUCAUUUUAAUUUAACUGAAGAUGAUUUGCGGCAAAUUUUUGAACCUUUUGGUGAGCUUGAAUUUGUCCAGUUACAAAAAGAGCCAGAUACAGGGAGGAGUAGAGGUUAUGGAUUUGUUCAAGAUCCUGCACAAGCUAGGGAUGCACUAGAAAAAAUGAAUGGAUUCGAAUUAGCAGGUCGUGCUAUUCGUGUAGGGCUUGGAAAUGAUAAAUUUACUCCUGAAAGUACAUCGGCUGUUCUUGCGCGUUUUUCUGGGUUUACAGGUUCUGCAUUUGAAAAUAAAAACCGGGGAGGUACUGAGCGUAUUGGUGGUCCCAGAGAUGGAUCUAGUAGUGUUAGUUUAGAUGAUAAUGAAGCUGGUGGUGUUUCUUUCAAUAAUAUCUCACGUGAUGCUUUGAUGAGAAAGUUAGCUAGAGAAGAAGGGAAAGAAUCUAUUGGGUUAGCUCCUCCUAAACCUACCCCAGCUGUGCAGAUGACAAGUCGUUGUGUUCUUCUUAAAAACAUGUUUAAUCCCCAAGAAGAAAGUGGAGAUAAUUGGAUUCGUGAGCUUGAAGAUGAUGUAAAAGCAGAAUGUGAAAACAAAUAUGGUAAAGUUUUGCAUAUACAUGUUGAAGAAAAUAGCCCAGGUGAUGUCUAUAUAAAAUUCGACAAUGUUGUUGCUGGAGAAAGAGCAAUUCAAGGAUUGAAUGGUAGAUGGUUUGGAGGAAGAACAAUUAGUGCAAGUUUCCUUAUCGAUGCUGUCUAUACAGCAAAGUUUCCAAAAACAAAAAAUUUAUAA